GUGCCUGUGUACGGCUGUGUGUGGCUGUGUGUGACUGUGUACGACUGUGUACGGCUGUGUACGGCUGUGUACUCUUGUGCAGCUGCGUGUGAGUCCGUGUGAGCCCCAUGGAGCCCGCUGACUGGCUCCUGCCGUUGGGAGGGAGACAUAAAACACAGAUCUGACCUUCACUAGCUCUGUCAACUUAUGCGUAACAGCCGUGGAGAAGAAGGAAGAGAACAUUGAAACGCCAUAGCGGUUCUCUGCUGCUGUAACAUCUCAUAAGACUAUCUAUAAUCUUGUUUCAAAACAGAGUGGCCUCAUGGCUCCUAAGAAGAGAGAGACACGAAAAAGGAAAACCGAAGACCCCGGAGAAGAUGGAGACACAGAAAAGGAGCCCAGGAGUGGAGAAGUUAGAAGGAGAAAUAUCAGAGGCUGUUCAAAGUACAUUGGGGCUCAUGUCGGCAUUCAAGGUGGGAUAUGGAAGGCAGUAGACUCCUGUGUAGCUAUGGGGGGCACUAGUUUUGCUCUGUUUUUGGGCUCGCAGAGGUCCUGGAAGAGACCUGCGCUGGACUCUUCUGCAGCAGACAAGUUUCGGGAGCAAUGUUCUCUUCAUACAUUUGACCCUGCUCAUAUCCUACCCCAUGGAUCCUACCUCAUGAACUGUGGCUCACCUAAAGAGGAAUGUAAAUUAACAGAUGAUGUGUUUGAGAAGAGCCAGGCCCUGCUUGUAGAUGAGCUGAGCCGCUGCAGCCGCCUGGGCCUGACCCUGUAUAACUUCCAUCCGGGCUCCUCCCUGGGCACCAUCACCACAGAAGAGUGCACGGAGAAAAUAGCUACAGCCAUUAAUCACGCUCACCAGCAAACUCCCGCUGUGGUCACAGUGUUGGAGAAUAUGAGUGGCCAAGGUAGCACUGUGGGGGGUAAGUUCUCUGAGCUGAAGGCCAUUAUUGACAAAGUAAGAGACCAGAGUCGAAUGGGAGUGUGUCUGGACACCUGUCAUGCCUUUGCAGCAGGGUAUGACUUGACUGCAGAGGGAGGGGUGAAAGCCAUGUUAGAUGAGUUCGAUCAACAAGUAGGGCUCAAAUACCUCAAAGCAAUACACCUCAAUGACUCUAAAGGUAAAGUUGGAUGCAACCUUGAUCGCCAUGAAGAUAUUGGCAAAGGUCACAUUGGAAUCCCUGCUUUCCGGGACAUUGUGAACGAACCCAGAUUGGAUAAUAUUCCCUUAAUUCUGGAAACUCCUGGACGACCAGGAUUUGAGUAUGCUGAGCAGAUUGAGCUGUUAUAUUCUCUAUUUGACAAGAAAAAAUAAAUGUAGUUGGCUAGGCACUAGUUCAGGCUACUUUACUGGUAACAUAUUUUCAUGUUAAGGACCAAAUGUUCAUUGUUUCAUUGUUUAAAAUGCUAAACAUUUGAUUAAAGAUGUAUUUUGUUAACAAUUU